AUGGGUUUCGAAAAUCAUAAAACAGUAUUUAGGAGCUGUGGCAUACUCGCCCUGAUAACUUUGUAUCAUCUAAAUCCCGUUGAAUUUGCAUAUGGAAGAAACAUUGCAUCUGGGAGACAUGAUUUAGAAUUGGUAAAGCACAAGGGAACGUUCAAAAGCAUAGAGAGCAAAAAUGGCGAAGUGAUAGAUUGUGUUGAUAUUUAUAAGCAACCUGCUUUUGAUCACCCGCUACUCAAGAAUCACACCAUAGAGAUGCAUCCGAGUUCAAAUCAAAAUGUAGUAGAAUCAGAAAACGACCAAAUAACGCCAUAUUUACAAGAGUGGCAUGAGAAUGGAGAAUGCCCAGAAGGAACAAUACCCAUCGUACGGACACUAAAAUCUGUUUAUCCUCGGAAGGCCAUUUUAAAUAUCUCCAUAGAUAGGAUUGGCCACCAUCAGUUCGGUGCUCCAACUGGUCAUGAGUACGCUCAAGUUACUUUUAAUGGUGGAAAGUACUAUGGAGUACAGGCAAAUAUCAACGUAUGGACUCCAACAACAUAUAGCUCAGAAUAUAGUUUAGCUCAACUUUGGGUUUUAUCAGGCGAAGGAGAAAAUUUGAAUUCUGUGGAAGCUGGGUGGAUGGUUAAUUCAGGGGACAAAUUCACAAAGUUCUUCACAUUCUGGACUAGGGACGGCUAUCAAAACUCAGGUUGCUACAAUCUUGAUUGCCCCGGUUUUGUACAAGUAAACAGGCGAUUUGCCUUAGAUUACAAAAUAAACCGUGUUUCCACCUACAAUGGCCCACAAUUCAAUAUACCAAUCACUAUAUUCAAGAACAAGGUAAGCGGACAUUGGUGGCUGCAAAUUCUAAACACUUCAAUAGGAUAUUGGCCGGACUCUAUUUUUACGACGCUGCGUGAUGGUUCUAACACAAUAAACUGCGGCGGAGAGAUCAUAAACAACGAAGCUGGGGGUCGUCACACUCAAACUGAUAUGGGAAGUGGGCAUUUUCCAAUUGAAGGCUUUAAAAGAGCAAGUUAUUUUAGCAACAUCAAGUAUAUGGAUGGCAAUGGUGAGUUCAAAGAUCCGGAGCAGCUUAUACCUUAUGCUACAAAACCUUCAUGCUAUGAUUUGCACGUCGGAGAAGACAAGAGUACUAGUUCUGGGACCUAUUUCUAUUUUGGGGGUCCUGGAUAUUCAGAUAUUUGUCAAAAUUGA